AUUUCAUUCUUUGUUUGGAAGAGCAAUCGCGAAGCAAAGAUGAAAUUCCUGAUCACUGUCGCUACCAUAGUCGCCAUGGCUUCCGCCGUGCCUGCCAACCGCGGCCUGGUGACGCCUGGCUUGGGCGGCCCUGUUCCCAUCCUACACGAGCCUAUCGACGUCGAACCUGCAAUCAUCAACGAAUUCGAGCCAAUCGACAACGGACCCGCUAUCGUCGACUUCCCCGUUCCUCCUUCCCCAGUCGUCAUUGGUCCCAUCGCCCCCGGCCAGGCUUCUCCCCUAGUUCAGAUUAUUGUUAAUGUAAACCAAGCAUUAACUCCCUCUCCCGUCGAAAUAAAUCCCGAGCCAGUGAUCGUUGAUGAGGAAAGCGAAAUCAAACCUGAUCCCGUAAUCGUUGUUGAUGGUCCUGAAGUUACGCCCGUAAUCAUUGCUGAUCCCGCCAUUGUUCUUCCUGAGCCCGUGAUUGUGGCUCCUAUUGAACCUACGCCUGUGUCACCCGUCAUCAUCGGUGCCCCCGACCUUCCCAACCCCCAAUGAGUACUAGAUAAUAUGACAACUGAUAUUGUUAAAAUUUUAAGUAAUUAAUACAAAACAAUUCAUAAAUAUUCUUCACACAUUUAUUCUUAAAGAUUAAUUUCGGUUAAUAAAGAUCUGUUAUAAAAAAA